AUGGCAAUGAACAGGAAGAAACAUACAUAUCAACAUAAUCAUCAACAGCAACUACAUCAACAACAUCAAGAAGAGGAUCAUAUUUAUGGUGUAAAUAGACAUUUGUUGAAUAGUAUUGUCUUUAGACCAUUCACUCAAAGUGAUACAUUCGACCUACAACAGCUACAAGGCCAUCUGUUUCCUGUAAAGUAUCGCAGCUCAUUCUAUAGGAAGCUGUUACAGAAGGACUUUAUAUCGGUACUGGCAUUCAAAGAGGGUGCUGAAGUGACACCCAUUACAUCACCUGCUACAACAACAUUGACAUCUACAUUGAUAUCAAAGGCGACGACUGCAACACAAUCAGAGGCUGGAGAACAAACAUUCGAUGCAUCAAACAAUGAGGUGUUGUUGGCAUCACCUACAACAUCAACUACAUCUACAUCUUCAUCAGUAUCAACAACAGUUGAUGGUAGUGGAGGUAUCAAGUCACCGACCAAUGUAGCAACACUCCUGCCACAACAACGUGGCAAUGAACUUGUUGGAGUGGCCACAGCCAGGAUAUCAAAGGACUCUGGACUAUGCUCAUUGUUCUUUUCAAACAUCAAUGGCUACAUACUUACAUUUGGUGUCAAAGAACAAUAUAGAGGCCUGGGCAUUGGUGCCAGGUUAAUAGAUCAUAUAUGUGACAUAUUGGAGAAACAGAGAUGCAAGUUGGCAUCACUUCAUGUCAAGGUGGAUAACAAAGAGGCGAUACAGUUCUAUCAGAGGAAUGGGUUCACCAUCGAUGAGCACCUUGUCGACUAUUACCUAAUACAGGAUAUAAAGUACGAUGCACUCAAAAUGACCAGGAUGCUGAGGCAUGAUGCAAGGAAUAGUUGGAUAUCAUGGUUUUCAUCACUUGCCAUCAAUGACAACAACGUUGACAACAACAAUAACAAUAGCAACAAUAACAACAACACAGAAUCAAUUAAUAUUGGAUCACCAUCAUCAUUAUCACCUCCAUCAAUAUCAUCAUUAUCAUCUCCUACAGCUCAAUCACCACUGAGUACAUCGAUAACUAUACACUCUCGACAAGGCAGUAAUAACAAUCAACUGACGCCACUACUCAUGAUACCAGACGACGAUACCUCUUCAGACUUUGCCUUGAGCCCUGGGACUGGAACACGUCUACAACAUUGA